AUGCUGAGGGUCUAUUCAAGAAGCAGCAGGGCGCCUCUUGGAAACAAACUUACGCCGAAGUUUGAGAAUGUUAAACACGAUUAUGUGAUUCAAUACGGAGCGUCCUUCAAGAUAUGCGACCCUAAUCCAACGUCGAUUUGGGAUUUCGCUUAUGGCGUUUCGAAUGUCUCGCGCGAUGCAUCCUUAGUUUCUCUACCGGAGGCCACUGCACGUAGUAGAUUCACACUGGAAACGUUAAAUCUGGGAAAUACUGAACUACAUCCGUUCUGGCUGUCCUUGGGCACAACUGAGAUUGAAAGAGAAGGCAAAUUUAAGGAGCUUCUGGAGCAACGUUCAUUAUGGACCAUGGAAUGCAGAGUCUGCAUUUCUGAGGCACUGGAGGACAUAAGGUCGUAUCACUUCUACAGAGGGAGUCUGAUUCCUUAUAGGGAAAUUCGCGAUGGGGAAGUAGGGCUCGGACGUAAGGAGAAGAAGGCGAUGACUCAAGAGCAAUGGGCGGAAGCUUUACGUGCUUAA